CGCGCCCAUAUGCGCCUGACACCCUCGAUCCCUUCGCCAUACAGGGUGUGCCCCCGCCAGAUGCUCCUCCUCAGGCAGUUGCUCCUGGCUUUGGCCGUCCUUACCCUGGUCCAUCCGCAUGCUCUUGCCGCCGAGCUGCCCAGCUUCGCCCGGACAUCGACAUCGGCCCCUGUCCCCGCAUCCGCCACGGGCUCAUCCUCUAGCACCUCCAGUGCCUCCAACAACCCCCCCAGUGAGCAGCAACCCUGCGCCGGGGGCCUCCUCCGCUGGCCGGAUGGCACGUGCCAUGAGAGCUGCGCACCUGGCACCUUCCUCCAUGGAAAGCCCUUCCCGCGGUGCCUGGCCUGCCAGGAUGGGUGUCUUGCCUGCACGUCCGAGUCACGCUGCACCGACUGUCAGCCCCCCUUGCUCCUGGAACGGGGCGCCUGUGUUCCGGAAUGCACCGCCGGCCAGCCGGACCCCCUGGGCACUGCGUGCAUUGUGUGUCACGACCCGGGGUGUGCUCGGUGCUCCGGGCCUGGCGCCCUGCAAUGCCUUGCCUGUCGAGCCGGAGCCGGUGUCCUCUCCGGCGGCCAGUGCGCGGCGGAAUGCCUACCGCACAACAGCUGGUUCGCCAUGGCCAACACCACGCCCGAAGAGGGGCAGCAUGAUGAAGAGGACAAAGAUGACAGCCACAGCGAUGACACCGACGACAGCGACGACACCGACGACACCGACGACAGCGACGACAGCGACGACGAUGCCACCGAUUACGAUGAUCGCUGCGAGUCGGGCACCGACAGCGGAGACCGGAAGUGCGGUGACAGCGGCAACUGCAUUCCCAAUGGUGCAGGCGAUUGUCCGGGCCAUUCCAACGGGCAGCCUGCAUCGGGCUCCCGCACCACAUACCCGACUGUGGCCGAAUGCUCGCGCGUUGACCAGCACUGCUCCGCGGUCGAUGGCAAUGUGGCCGAUCGCUGCAAGGCCUGCAAGCCUGGCUUCUUUCUCCGGUCGAGAGACCACGCGUGCACCCCCUGCCCGGAUGGCUGUGCCGCAUGCACCGAGGACGCCUGUGGCGCCUGUCUCGACGGCCUGAUCCUCCAGCCGGAGGGACAAUCUUGCGCCGACCAUUGCCCCACAGGCUUCUUUCACGACUCGGCUUCGCGGGGCUGCCUGCCCUGCGAGGAUGACGGGUGUGCUGCCUGUGCCGGGCCCGGCGUCGGACAAUGCCUUCUCUGCCGAGGCCCCUACCUGCCCACAGCCUUGGCCCCCUCGGCAUGUGUCAGCUGCGCCAAGCUGCCGGAGAGCUGUGCCCAAUGCGAAAGCCCCAACCGCUGCGCCGUGUGCGCCGCCGGGUACAUGCGCUUCGAGGGGGCGUGUGUGGCGGCCUGUCCGGGGGGCACCUUCGCCGAGGUGCCCUCUCGGCGGUGCAUCCCCUGUCACCCGGCCUGCCUGGAGUGUCUGGGCCCCGGGGCCGACGACUGCUCGGCCUGCCAGCAGGGGUACCUUCCCGGCCCCAUGGCCGAUGCCCAACGUGGAACAUGUGUCCCGGAGGCCUGUCCCGACCGAUUGGACCACUUCGUCCUCUACAGUGGGUCCGGCCCGGCAUGCCCCUGUGGUGGCAACCCGCCCGGUGGGGCAUGUGCCAGUUGCUUCGCCGGCUGCGAGCCCUGCACGACCUCCUGCCACGCGUGCCACAGCGAGUGUGCCACCUGCCGCGGGGCGGCUGGCUCCGGCUUUUGCACAUCCUGCCCCUCGGGCCGUGUGCUCCAGGGCUCCCGGUGCCAGGCAGCCUGUGAUGCGGGGUACUUCCCGCGAGCCGGCGCUUGCCAUCCGUGCGCCGGCCAAUGCACCCGGUGCUCGGCGGCCGAAUGUCUGGCCUGCCCUUCGGGCAUGGUGCCUCUUGGAAACCGCUGCGUGGCCUCCUGCCCGGCCGCCACGCAUCUGCUCAAGGAGGGCCGCUGCAUCCCCCGGCCCCGUGGCUGUGCUGAGGUUCUUGCCGAUGGGCUUUCAUGUGCCCGCUGCCAGCCGGGGCUCAUCAUCCAGCCCGAUGGCGGCCACUGUGCCGCCACCUGCCCCACUGGCUGGUACCUUUCCCCCUCCACCGGGGCAUGUCACCAGUGUCCGAGUGACUGUGAAAGCUGCACCGGCCGGGCCCCACCCGGUGGCAGCAUGGCGCAUGGCCCCUCCUCGGACCCUGUCGCAUGCCUCUCCUGCCCGGCCGGGCGGCCCUUGCGCCUGCAUGGACGCUGCCUGGAGGCCUGUCCGCGGGGGCACUUCCCCCAUGCCGGCCAUUGCCUGCCCUGCUUGCCCGAGUGCGACACAUGCACCAAUGGCAGGACCUGUGACACGUGUGCCGGAACUCUGCUGAGCUUCGAGGGGCUCUGCUUUGGCCAUGUGCCCGACGGGCUGUACAGGACCCCUGGCGACAACCGGAUGGAGCGCUGUCCGGCCGGGUGCGCGCGCUGCACCGCCAGCCACCCCGCCGGCCAGCAAUCGGCUCGCUGUGUCGAAUGCCUGCCGGGCUUCUGGCCGCAGCUUGAUGACACCUGCUCUCGGGCUGGCUGCCCGACUGGCACGACACCGGAUGAGGCCUCGGGACAGUGCGCGCCGUGCCCGGCCGGCUGUGCUCAUUGCACGGAUGCCGACACAUGCGCCAUUUGCCAGGCCCCACUCUACCUGGCAGGAGGUGCUUGUGUGGUGGCCUGCCCGGAGGGCAUGGCCCCGGAGCCGGCCCGACCGGAAGAUGUCCCGGCCACCGGGCCCGGAGGCGUGUGCCUUUGCUCGGCCAGUCCAGGGUCCGGGCCCGGGGACUGUGCCACGCCCACAUGCCCCCCGGGCGAGACUCUUCACCAUGGGGCCUGCCAUGCGUGUCCGGAGGGAUGCGCAGAGUGCGUGCCUCGCAGCAACCGCGAGGGGAGCCCCUGCUGCCGGCGCUGCUUGCCCGGGUUCCUGCUCUUCGAGGGCCUAUGCCAGCCGGACGUCUGCCCGGCAGGCUCCGUGCAAUUGGACCCUCACCUCGGGGAAUGUGUCCGGUGUCCGGAGGGGUGUGCCACAUGCACAUGCUCCCGCCGGACCGACGCACACUGCUGCCAGACCUGCUUCGCCGGACACCUGCUCUUCGAGGGGACUUGCCAUCACACCACUUGCCCCGAGGGCACCUUCCCCGAAGAUGGCGUCUGUGUGGGCUGCGCCCCGGGCUGCAUCGAAUGCCAGGAUGCCACGCCGCAAGCGUGCGCCGAGUGGGAUCCCGCCUUCCGGAAGGCCGUGCCUCGGGGCGCGAUCGCCGGCCUGGCAGUCGGCAUGGUGGCCGCCGCUGUCCUCCUGUCUGCCCUCGUCCUGGCCACCCUGAAGAUGGUCAUUGUUCGUGGCACCAAGAAGGCCAACUCCAAUACGUCGAUAGAGAUGAUUUAAUGUCACCCCUGGCGUAAGCUAUCCGCCCUCUCGCCCUGCCGGCCGCGUUGGCCUCCAGAUGAUGCCCCAUCUGGUGUUUCCUAUUGCCCUUGCUCUUGUGUCUUCUGCCUUGCCCCUGCCCGUUCCUCGACUCAAUGGAAACCCCGGCCAAUAUAAAAAAGGUAAAGCCCCA